GGUAAACUAUAAAUUAUAUACUAUAGAUAUAUACUGUAGAUAUAUACUAUAUAGAUAUAUACUAUAGAUUAUAGACUAAAGACUAUAGACUAUGUUAAUAGUAGAAGAUUAUUAUCGUGAUUACUUGCAAAUGUUUUAUUACAUUAUUUAAUAGAUUAAAAUGGUGUUAAACACUGUACAUUCUUCUGCAUUAAAAAUUAUUAAACCAUAUAGAAAAUGGAUUAUAGAAAAUCCUCAAUUACUAUCUGAUAUGGAAAAUACGAUUCAAUAUUUGCCUUAUUUCACAGCUGGUCAAUUUAAUAAUUCUUCUUUUAUAUCAGAAUUACUGUAUUCAGUUUCGAAUUUAAUAGUAUUUUUCAAUGAUUUAUUAAUGAGUAAUGAGAAAUGUAUACAUUUAAAAUUUUCUAAGUUCGAAUCGAAAAUAAAAAUUUGGCUGACUGUAGUAGAAUACACAGAAGCUCUUUUUGAGAUUUCUGCAAAAAAGUUAUGGGGACAAAUUGGAAAAUGGUUUAUAAUAACUGUCAUUCAAAUAUUUAAAACUGUAUUAAGACUUCUAUUAGUUCAUUUAUAUAAAGAACGAAUAACAAGAAGUCCUCCAAUACAACCACUUAAUAGAGAAAAAAUAAAUGAUUCACAUAAUGAAAAAUCAAAAGAAAGCUUUGUAUUAAAACGAUCUGGUACUGUUAUUAGAAGUAUAAGAGGUACUAAUUCUUUACAUAUAUGUACAUGGGAACCAUUAUCUUCUAAUAUUAAUAAUAAUAAUUUAAAUAAAUGUUCUACAUCAGAAAAAAAUUUAAUGUUAGCUGAGACUCUUUAUAUUAUUAAACCAUUAUUACAUUUAGGAUGUAUAUCUUUUACUGGAAAAAAACAUUGGCCUCCAUGGUUAUUAUCAUUUGCCAUUGAUUUAAUCAGUCUAAAAAUAAUUAAUAAUCAGAUGAAAAAUAUAUCAUUCAAUAAAGAAGAAGAAAAAGAAUUCUUUAGGCGAAGACUUGCUUUACUUCUUUAUAUAUUGAAAUCUCCAUUUUAUGAUAAAUAUAGUCGUACUAGAAUAUAUACAAUUUUAACUGCACUUUCUAAUAAAAUGCCUCUGGCAAGAUUUGUAACAGAGCCAAUAAAAAAGUACUUACCAUAUUGGCAAAGUACAUAUUUUUAUAUAUGGACGAAUUAAUUUGUGGAGUUAAUAAAUAUUUUAAAAAGUUAUUGAUGUAUAAUAUUAUUAUAAAACAAAGAUAAAAGAAUUACAAAAAAAAGUGAAUAUUUUUAUAAGUUGAGAAUGAUUUUUAUUACAAAUAAUAUAAUUAUAUCAUUAAAUAAAAUUUUCAUAUAUGAGGAUAAAAUAAUUAAUAAUUUAUUGAAGCAUAUAACAAUUUAUAGAUUUAUUAUUAUAUUUUACACUUUAUAAAAAAAUUACAAAUUUUCAAUUGUAGAACCGAAAAUCGACAUUUCAUUUUUGCGAAUAUUGCAUUUUAAUAAAAAUUAGAUUAUAUUCGUCGAUAUAUUCUGCUUAAAUGUGCAUGAAUAUAAUAUUUUUAUGUUUCUAAACAUAAAAAUAUACAAAUUUACAUGUUUUUAAUUUGUUCAUAUUGUCAUAUAAUAUGAAUAGAAAUUUUUUAAUAAAAAAUUUUAAUAAAAAUAAAAAUAUCUGUAUAUAUAAUAAUUUUUCUAUGUUAUGCAUAUAGAAUAUAAGAAACAAUUUUAUGUAUAACAAAAACAACAAAUGUAAACAAAAUCAAUAAAUGUAUAAAAGAUUAAAAGAUUUUUAAAAAAUAUAUUUUCUUAUCC